AUGGGAUAUAAUAUUGAAAUUCCAAAGGAUGAUAAAGGGAAAUAUGAUAUGAAGAAAUUAAGAGAGCAUUUUAUGAAAGGGGGAGGGAUAAAAGAGACAUCGAUUCAUGAAAUUAAUGAAGAAGUUCAAAAGAUUCUUAAAGAAGAAAAGAAUGUAAUUGAAGUGAAUGACAAUGGACUUUUAUUUGGAGAUUAUCAUGGACAAUAUUUUGAUUUUUUAACACAACUAGAAGAUAAAUAUUGGGAAAAAACGGAAGAAACGAAAAUAUAUCUUGGAGAUUAUGUUGAUAGAGGAAGAAUGAGUACAGAAAUAAUAAUAACAUUAUUUUGCAUGAAAAUUAAUAAUCCAAAAAAAGUUAUACUUUUAAGAGGAAAUCAUGAAACAAGAAUGAUGACACAAACUAUGGGAUUUAUGAAUGAAUGUAAAAAGAAAUAUAAUAUUAAUAUAUAUUAUGAGUUUUGUGAGAGUUUUGAUUAUCUUCCUCUUGGAGUAAUUAUUAAAAGAAAAAUAGGGAAAUUCUUUUGUUGUCAUGGAGGAAUUUCACCAGACAUUACGAAAAUAGAAGAAAUUAAUGAAAUUAAUAGAUUUUGUGAACCACCAAGUAAAGGGAUAAUGUGUGACAUCUUAUGGUCAGAUCCUAUUACAGAAGAAUUUUUAAAUGAACAUCUAGACUUUAAAAUGUAUUACAAAUCAAUUGAUUUUAUUCCUAAUGUAGAAAGAAAUUGUUCAUACAAAUAUGGGUAUAAAGCAAUUAAUAAAUUUCUUCAAGACAAUCAAUGUAUUGCAAUUAUUAGAGGUCAUCAAUGGGUUGACAAUGGAGUUGAAAUGCAUUACUUUGGAAAUAAUCAAUUAACAUUCCCACUUUGUUUUACAAUCUUUGGUGCAACUCACUAUUCUCUUAAAAAUAAAGCAGCAGCUAUGCUUAUUACUGACACAAAUAUUGAUAUUAGUAAAUACCCUGCUUCUUUAGUUGAUAAUGAUUAUAAUCCUACUAUUGAACAUGCUUUAAAUUAUUCAUUAGAUAUUAUAAUGGAAGGAAUUAGUUCAUUCAUUAAUCAAUUUGUUUAUUUAACAUUUACCACUGAUGAUUUAGAUGAUGAUUCAAAUGAUUCAAAUGAUUCAAGUGAUGAUGAACGCAGUUUAAGUGAUGAUUUUUGUAUUUUUGAUUGUCCUGAAAGUGUUGAAUCAUCUCUUUCAUCUCUUCCACCAAUUUUAUCUUCUCAAUUUAAUCCUACUCAAGACUUAAUGAAUCAAAAUGACAGUAAAAUGCAUCAACAUAAUUCGUCACAAAUUAAUAUUAAUAUUAAUGAUAAUACUCAUGACAAUAAAUCAUUGUUUAGAUCAUUUAAUGCUAAUGACAUGAAUAAAUUAACUAAUAACAUUUUACAUUCAUCAGUUGGAACACAACAACCAUCAAUUUACGAGCAACAUUUUGUUCAAAAAAUCAGAGAAGAAUCUACUCCAUUAACACUAGAUGAACUUCGUACUAAAUUCCUUGAGCUUCAAAGUAAAUCAAAGACUACUCUUAUUUAA